UAAUAGCAAUAAAUGCAAUAAUAACAACAAGUAGUAUAAAAGUAGCAAUAGAUAUAGUAGAAAUAUUAGAUAGUGUAAAGGUAGAAGUAGAUUUUGUAGAAUUAGCAAACAGUAUAGUUGUAGUAACAGGCAGUAUAGUUGUAGUAGCAAAUGAUAAAAUGGCAGUAGCAGGUGUGGUAUUUGGUAUAGUGCUUGAAGUUGUGUGUG